AUGAAUUUCCUGCCAGAUGUCUCUGUAGUCACUUGGCUGCUCCUCAUCCUAUUCCUUAGCCUCCUGCUCCUUUUGGUCACUGUUCACUUGGAAACUAUUCAUUCCUCCUUUUCUCUUUUGCAGGCAGUCCUGAAUUUUGAUCAGAAGUGCUUUGAAAAAUAUGGUAAAAUGUGGGGGGUUUUUGGUGGCAGGCAGCCUGUGCUAGCCCUUCUGGACCCCAUACUCAUCAAAACCAUCCUCGUGAAGGAGUGCUGGAUGUCAUGUGGAAGGUGGCUGGAAGCUUUCAUACACCUCCCUGUAUGCAGCUCCAACUCUGUUGAGGAGAACAGCUCAUAUAAAAGUUCUGAGACCAUCGGUUCCACCCGCAGCUACAUCUCAUAUAACCUGGCCACUCACCCUGACGUGCAGCAGCAACUUCAGGAUGAGAUUGAUGCAUAUCUGCCCAACAAGGCCACUCUCACGUACAGUGUGCUCAUGCAGAUGGAGUAUCUUGACAUGGUGCUGAAUGAAACCCUCCAGCUCUUCCCCCAGGGGGGUGAAUUGAAAGGGUCUGCAAGAAGACAGACUAUUCCAGAGGGCACGGUGGAAAUGAUCCUGGCCUAUGUGAUGCAUCACAACCCAACAUACUGGCCUCAGCCAGAGGAGUUCGGGCCUGAGAGAGCUGGUUCAGUAAAGAGGACAGAGUCUAUUGACCUCUACACCUACCUGCCAUUUGGGGCUGGCCCUGGGAACUGCAUAGGAAAGAGGUUUGCGCUCCUCACCCUAAGUGCUGUGGUUGUCUUGUUGCCAAACUUCUCUUUCAGACCCUGCAAAGAUACUCCAAUCCCUCUGGUUCUGGACACAAAAGGUUUCAUGCAACCUAAGAAACCCAUCACCCUGAAGAUGGUCCCCAGGGGCUGUGCUGGUCUAGAGAAGCAAAGGAGCUGGAACAGAUCAGAGACUGCUGAGAGAGGGUGCUGA